UUUACUUUUAUUGGAUUCCAAAUGAAAGUAUACAUUUUUCUCUGUUUGAUGUGCUGGGCAGAAUCUGAGAAUAAAAGAUCAUGCCUUCAAUUCUCUCAUCUGGGUGUAAAGGAUUCCCUCAAAGACUUGUUUUCUCCCCAAAUGGAGAUUUCCUUAAUGAUGUAUACAAGGAACAACUUCAACUGUGCUGAGCCCCUCUUUGAGCAGAAUAACUCACUUAACAUUAAUUUCAACGUCAGCAAGAAAACAGUCUGGCUUAUUCAUGGGUACAGACCAACAGGCUCUGCUCCUCAAUGGCUUCAGAACUUCCUAAGGGUUUUGUUGAAUCAAGAUGAUAUAAAUGUAAUUGUAGUAGACUGGACCCGGGGUGCUACAACUCUCCUUUACAACAGAGCAGUUAAAAACACCAGAAAAGUUGCUGUGAGUUUGAGUAGCUACAUUCGGAAUCUUUUGGAUCAUGGGGCAUCUCUUCAUAAUUUUCAUUUCAUAGGUAUGAGCUUAGGAGCUCAUAUUAGUGGAUUUGUUGGAAAGAUAUUUCACGGUCAACUUGGAAGAAUAACAGGUCUUGACCCUGCUGGGCCAAAAUUUUCUGGAAAAUCACCUAAGGACAGAUUAGCUUACACCGAUGCGAAGUUUGUGGAUGUUAUCCAUUCUGAUACCAAUGGUUUAGGCAUUAAAGAGCCUGUGGGACAUAUAGAUUUUUAUCCAAAUGGAGGAAAAACACAACCUGGCUGUCCUAAGUCCAUUUUAUCAGGAAUUCAGUAUAUUAAAUGCGACCACCAGAGAGCAGUUUACUUGUUCAUGGCCUCUUUGGAAACAAAGUGCAAUUUUGUUUCAUUUCCUUGUCCUUCGUAUGAAGAUUUCAAAGCUGGUUUAUGUGUAGACUGUGACUACAACAAGGGCAAAUCGUGUCCUAGGCUAGGUUAUCAAGCCGAGCUAUGGAAAGAUGCUUUAAACACAAGAAAAGAGACCAUUGUGUUUUUGGAUACUAGUGGCAAGAGUCCAUUCUGUACCUAUUAUUUUGUUCUCACUGUGACUCUUCUGGAUGAAACUAUGGAGGAUGGCUGUUUUAUAUUUAAAUUAUUAAACCACCUUGGAAAGGUUAAAGAGCCAGAGCUCUAUGAGGAGAGCACAUCAUCUAAUGAUCUCCAAGAAGUCAAGAUUCUUGCUCGAUUUUUAAAUGAUGUUGUAAAUAUUUCAAGCAUGAGUUUGACAUACUUUCAGAGCACAAAUUUGCAAUGUCUCCCGGGCGGCUACAACAUCCGGCGCAUCAUGUUACAAUCACUUACAUAUCCAGAAAGACCACCACUUUGCAAAUACAAUUUUGUACUUGAUGAAAAUGUGGAAGUACUUCUCAAUCUACACACAUGCACAGCAAAGAAAAUAUAAAAUGCUUUCUUCUGUCAAAUAUAAAAACUUGUUUGUGAAUUAAAGAACUUGAAAAUGGGAUCAAUGCAUUCUUUUAGAUCAGUCUGGGAUUCA